AUGCCGAGUAUCCAAAGAUCAAGACGUACCCUGGAUCACGAUUAUGCCCCUUGGAUUUGGCAUACAGAACCUUCCAAUGCCUAUGCAGGCUACACUAACUUCCCUGAACCUUGGCGCGAUCCAAACCUGUACCGGCAGUCGGACGCCCUCCUCUUUCCCGAGGACCUCAACCAAACCCUCCAAUCCCCUGCCUUGUCUCAAGCUUAUCCCAUUUCUGGCUACCAGAACCUGGGAACGUCUGGUACCUGGCAUAGCAGCAUCCUUCCCGAUGUGUAUCAGUUCGGAGCCUCGCCAUUCGGUACGGAGUCGCAAGAUAUUUCGACGAAUUUACCACUCGAGGACGUCGGAUUUGAUGCCUUGCCGAUGUCCUCUGCUUGGAUGACACAGAACACCGCUCAAGCUCCUACUCCAAACUACUUGCACGAUCAGCCGAUCAUGCCUGUUACGAGCGAGGCUCAGCCCGGCCCACUUUCCAACCCUAUCACGGCUCCAGCAGCUUCAGCUGUGCCGCAGACUACGGCCAGUGAUCGUAUGAAUUGUCCCAAUGGCUGUGCUGGAACCUUUCGCCGUCCUGGAGACUAUCGCCGACACAUGAGGAAGCACGCGUCGCCAAGAUUCAAGUGCAUGAUGUAUGACUGCGACAAGACCUUCUACCGCGCCGACAAGCUGCGCGAUCACAUCAAACGAGGUCACAAGUUCAACUUCUGA